CUCCGCGACUUUCCCGACUCCCAACCCAGGGCUCCCUAGUGUCCGCACACUGUUGCGACAGAGUGGUGGAGCGCGGCGCCAGGGCGCAGGGGUGGGGAGGCUCCCGGCGGGGGUGGAGCGCCAGGGACCCGCGGUCCGCCUCCCGCGCCGAGGGGCAGAGCGCUCUGCGUGCGGCGCAGGCCCGUGUGGGCGCGAAGAGAGGCGCGCCGCGAGCCCAGUGGUUAGCGAUGCCGCCGCCGCCGCUGCUGCUACUGCUACUGCUAGGGGUGCCGCGGGGCUCCAGCCAGGGCGCAGCGGCAGCGCUCUCCCCGGAGCGGGUCCUCGAGUGGCAGGAUAAAGGAGGAUUCAUUCUGCAAAGUGAGAGUCUCAAGACAUGCAUUCAAGCAGGCAAAUCUGGACUUACUCUGGAGAACUGCAAACAGCUAAACAAGUGUAUGCUGUGGAAAUGGGUUUCAAACCACCACCUCUUUAACAUAGGAUGCAGUGGGUGCCUGGGUCUGAAUUUAUCUAAUCCGGAGCAGCCAUUAAGCAUCUACGACUGUGAUUCCACCCUUGUUUCCCUGAGGUGGCGCUGUUACAGGAAUACCAUCACAGGCCCACUCCAGUUCAUGGUCCAGGUGAAGCACAACAACACCGUGGUGGCCUCAUGGAAGCAUCUUCAUAAGUGGAUUUCUUAUAUGUCAGGUGGUGGAGGCAUUUGUGAAAAUCUGCAUAAAGAUUUGUAUACAAUUAAAGGGAAUGCCCAUGGGAUGCCAUGUAUGUUUCCUUUCCAGUAUAACCACCGGUGGCACCAUGAAUGUACUCGGGAAGGUCGGGAAGACGACUUGCUGUGGUGUGCCACGACAAGCCGAUAUGAAAGGGAUGAGAAGUGGGGAUUUUGCCCAGAUCCCAACUCUGCAGAGGUAGGUUGUGAUGCUGUCUGGGAGAAGGACCAGAAUUCACACAUUUGCUACCAGUUCAACCUGCUUUCAUUUCUUUCUUGGAAUGAAGCACAUUCUUCGUGCCAGAUGCAAGGACGUGCUUUACUAAGUAUUGAGGAUGAGACUGAAGAAAAUUUUAUAAGGAAGCACUUAAGCAGGGAAGCAGUGGAAGUGUGGAUAGGUCUGAAUCAGCUGGAUGAAAAUGCUGGCUGGCAGUGGUCAGAUGGAACGCCACUCAACUACCUGAAUUGGGAACCAGACAUCAGUUUUGAGCCAUUUGUUGAAUAUCACUGUGGAACAUUUAACUCAGCUAUGCCAAAUACUUGGAAGAGUCAGGAUUGUGAGACCGCCUUGCCUUAUAUAUGUAAAAAAUAUUUAAACCACAGUGAUCCUGAAGUAGUUGAAAACGAUGUUUGGAAAUACUAUGCUACCCAAUGUGAGCCUGGCUGGAAUCCCUAUAAUCGUAAUUGCUACAGACUUCAGAGAGAAAGAAAGACCUGGAGUGAGGCUGUGCGUUCUUGCCAGUCUGAUAACAGUGCAUUAAUAGAUGUAGCUUCGUUAGCGGAGGUGGAGUUUCUUAUAUCCCUCCUUGGAGACGAAAAUGCAUCAGAAACAUGGAUUGGUUUGAGCAGCAGUAAAAUUCCAGUUUCCUUUGAAUGGUCGGAUGGCUCCUCAGUUACCUUUACUAAUUGGCACACACUUGAGCCCCAAGUUUUUCCAAAUAGAAGCCAGCUCUGUGUCUCAGCAGAACAAUCUGAGGGACACUGGAAAGUUAAACAUUGCGAAGAAACACUUUUUUAUGUUUGUAAAAAAACAGGCCAUGUCCUUUCUGACAAUGAAUCAGGUUGUCAAGAGGGAUGGGAGAGGCAUGGUGAUUUCUGUUACAAAAUUGACACAAUCCUUCGAAGUUUUGACCAUGCUUCCAGUGGUUAUUACUGUCCUCCUGCACUUGUAACUGUUACAAACAGGUUUGAACAGGCUUUUAUUACCAGUUUGAUCAGUAGUGUGGUAAAUGCGAAGGACAGUUAUUUUUGGAUCGCUCUCCAAGACCAAAAUGAUACAGGAGAAUAUACCUGGAAGACAGCAGGGCCAAAGUCCGAGCCGGUGCGGUACACACACUGGAAUGCACGUCAGCCCCGCUACAGCGGUGGCUGCGUUGUCAUGCGAGGAAGGAGUCCACCUGGUCGCUGGGAGGUGAAGGACUGUAGGCACUUUAAGGCGAUGUCCCUGUGCAAGCAGCCAAUCAAAAUUUGGGAAAAAAAUGAGCGUGAAGAGAGAUGGCCCUUUCACCCCUGCUAUCUGGGCUGGGAGUCAGAGCCCAGCCUGGCUAGUUGCUUCAAGGUAUUUCAUAGUGAAAAAGUCUUGAUGAAAAGAACAUGGAGAGAGGCAGAAGCAUUUUGUGAAGAAUUUGGAGCUCAUCUUGCAAGCUUUGCCCAUAUUGAGGAAGAGAAUUUUGUGAAUGAGCUUUUACGUUCAAAAUUUAAUUGGACAGAAGAAAGGCAGUUCUGGAUUGGUUUUAAUAAAAGAAACCCACUGAGUGCUGGCUCUUGGGAGUGGUCUGAUGGGACUCCUGUUGUCUCUUCAUUUUUAGACAAUACUUACUUUGGAGACGAUGCAAGAAACUGUGCUGUAUAUAAAGCAAACAGAACAUUGCUGCCCUUGCACUGUGGUUCCAGACGUGAGUGGAUAUGCAAAAUCCCAAGAGAUGUGAGACCCAAGAUUCCACCGUGGUACCAGCAUGAUGAACCCUGGCUCUUUUAUCAGGAUGCAGAGUACCUUUUUCAUACCUAUCCUUCGGAAUGGUCUUCCUUAGAGUUUGUUUGUGGUUGGCUGCACAGUAAUCUUCUCACAAUUCAUUCUGCACAUGAACAGGAAUUUAUCCACAGCAAAAUUAAAACGCUAUCAAAGUAUGGUGUAAAUUGGUGGAUUGGUCUUCAAGAAGAAAGAGCCAAUGAUGAAUUUCGCUGGCAAGAUGGCACACCAUUAAUAUACCAAAACUGGGACAAAGGAAGAGAAAGAUAUGGGAAUAAUCAGAGCCAGAGGUGUGGCUUCAUUUCAUCCAUAACAGGACUCUGGGGUAGUGAAGAGUGUUCGGUGUCUACGCCUAGUAUUUGUAAGCGAAAAAAGUUUUGGAUCAUAGAGAAAGAUACACCAGAACUUCAUGGAACAUGUCCCAAAGGAUGGCUAUAUUUUAACUAUAAGUGCCUCUUGGUGAAAAUCCCCAAAGAUCCAAGCCAUGGGAGGAACUGGAUAUCUGCUCGAGAUUUCUGUGUUGAAGAAGGCGGGACACUGGUCGCCAUUGAAAGUGAGGUGGAGCAAGCUUUCAUUACCAUGAAUCUUUUUGGCCAGACCACUAAUGUGUGGAUAGGGUUACAAAAUGAUGAUUAUGAAAAAUGGGUAAAUGGAAAGCCUGUAGUAUAUUCUAACUGGUCUCCAUUUGAUAUAGUAAAUAUUCCAGGUCAUAACACCACAGAAGUUCAAAAAAAACUUCCUCUCUGUGCCUUGCUGUCAAGUAAUCCUAAUUUUCAUUUCACUGGAAAAUGGUAUUUUGAAGACUGUGGAAAAGAAGGGUAUGGCUUUGUUUGUGAAAAAAUGCAGGAUACUUCUGGACAUGAUGUAAAUACAUCUGAUAUGUAUCCAAUCCCCAAUACCUUAGAAUAUGGAAACAGAACUUACAAAAUAAUUAGUGCAAAUAUGACUUGGUAUACAGCAGUAAAAACCUGCCUGAUGCAUGGAGCAGAACUGGUCAGCAUUACAGACCAGUAUCACCAGUCCUUCCUCACUGUUAUCCUCAGCCGGCUAGGACAUGGCCACUGGAUUGGACUCUUCACCACAGAUAACGGUCUUAAUUUUGACUGGUCAGAUGGUACCAAAUCCUCUUUCACUUUUUGGAAAGAUGAAGAGUCGUCCUUCCUGGGUGACUGUGUAUUUGCUGACACCAGUGGACACUGGAGUAGCACUGCCUGCGAGUCCUUUCUACAAGGAGCCAUUUGUCAUGUCCCCACUGAAACAUCAGGACAUCCAGAGUUGUGCUCAGAAACAUCUAUUCCCUGGAUAAAAUUUAAAAGUAAUUGCUACAGUUUUUCUACAGUCCUAGACAGUAUGAACUUUGAGGUGGCUCAUGAAUUUUGCAAAAAGGAAGGAUCUAAUCUUUUAACAAUCAAGGAUGAGGCUGAAAAUACAUUUCUUCUAGAAGAGCUUUUUGCUUUUGGUUCUUCUGUCCAAAUGGUUUGGUUGAAUGCUCAGUUUGAUAGCAACAAUGCCACCAUAAAGUGGUUUGAUGGGACUCCCACAGACCAGUCAAACUGGGGCAUUCGGGAAGCUGAGACAGACCACUUCAAACCCCAUCUGUGUGUUGCCCUGAAGAUCCCAGAAGGAGUGUGGCAGUUAACCCCAUGUCAUGAAAAAAAAGGAUUUAUAUGUAAAAUGGAGGCAGAUAUUCACACUGUAAAGGAGCAUCCAGGAAAAGGACCAAGUCAUGGCAUUGUACCUCUUGCAGUAACACUGACACUGAUAGUAAUUCUGGCAAUUUCCACCCUUUUCUUCUGCAUAUACAAGCAGAAUAGUGGUUUCUUCAGAAGACUUGCAGGAUUUGGGAAUCUUUACUAUCCUACAACCAACUUUAGUACAGUAAAUUUAGAAGAAAAUGUUCUCAUUUCUGAUCUUGAGAAGAAUGAUCAAUAGUGGUAAAGUCAUAUGAGGAUUGAGUUCUUCAGGAUGAGUAAAGAAUUCGGGAAGGGAAGACUCCUCCAUUAUCUCCCUUUACAGACCAGAUGCCACUAUCAUGCAAAUUGAAUCACUAUUUUAAUUAUUCUUAAUGUGAUUACUGGUUUUGAAUUGUAACCAAAUCAGGUGGGUUUUGAUUUAUUCAUUUCCCCAAACUGUGAUCUAUUCUUAAAGAGGGGAAAUUACACCAUGCUUAUUAUUCAGAAAGACAAGAACUAUUAAAAGAAUCUCCCCUUUGCAAAACUCUCAAUCAAAUGUGAAUAAUAGUUUUUGUGUUAAUAUAUUUCUACUGAAAUUUAUUUGGGAAUUCAUUAAGUAAUCUGGCACCUAUUCAGAGAUUUACUUAUACCCAUUCCAUUAAGAGAAAAAAAGAGAGAGAGAGAGAGAGAGAGAGAGAAUAACAGAAUUUUAAAACAUACUCUUGUAUAUGAAAGGAAAAGAAAAGGCAUCUGAGAGGUUUCUACUUUGUUUUUAAUUCAAUCUUUUAAUUCAUUUUUAAUAGGGUUUGUAAAAUACUAAUUUCUGUGUUAAAAACUUUCAAGUUCUAGGCUCCAAAUUAAUAUAUAGGGUGAAAUUAAUUUUUAUUAAGUCUAAUUCUCAACAUAAAAGGGAAGAAAAAUUAUCUUUCUUUAAAUAGUCACUAUCUUGGUUAGCAGAACACUUUUGUAAGCAACCUUUUGAGCUAAUUAAAAUGUGGCCUAAAACCUUCAUAUGCCUUUUCUCUUGCUAAUUUGUUUUAAAAUGAGGAUGAUUUAAAAAAAAAAACAACCCUAAGAUAGUAUAUGCAAAUUACAACAUAAUUUAGAAUGUAAGGUAGUUCAGAACAAAUUUUUUUCUUGAUGGAUUACAAAAUACCUUAUAUAUAUAUAUAUAUAAGAGCAUAUGAUAAUAUUGAUGAAAUUAAAAAUUCUCUCCAUCUGUUCAACAAACCUAAAUUACUGCUGAGUAUUUCAAUUAUUAAGUGAUAACUAAGUUUGAUAUUUAAAAAUAUGUUAUAGAUAAGGGUAAAGGAACUUACUGAGAUUUUAAUACCAUUAAAACUUAUUCAUUUUAUUAAAAACUAAAGGUAUGAAAUAAUAUAUAACACUCCCAACAACUAAGAGGUAUAAAAUAUAACUUGAAUUUAAGGGAAGCACAUUAAAGAUGUAAUUCAUUGGAACUAGAGUAGAUGAUGUGUGGCAAAGCCCUAAAUAAAUUCCUCUCCUAUAGUAAUCAAGAUACCUGUGCCAUCUAAAUGAGUUUAUUUCAGAUGUUCUAUGUAGUAAACUGUGGUUUCUGGGAACCAUCUUUUGUGUUGGGCCAGUUAGUGCAGUUGUAAAGCAUAAAUAAAAGUACUGAUACUGUCCAUGAAUAACAAUAAUCAUCCUUCCUUCAUUACUUUGUUAUAAAGAAAGUUGGUUCCAUAAUCAAUAUUCAAAAGUCCAUUCAUUCUGUGUUUAUUGAGGGCCUGUUAAAAACCAGGUGCUUUUCUAGAGAUGAGGUAUUGGAUGAGCAAGGCAGUAAGAUCCCUGUUUUCAUGAGGCUUAUGUUCUAGGGAGGGAAAACUGACAGUAAAGCAGUAAAGAAAUGCAUAAGUAGAAAAUAUCAGGUGGUUAUGAAAAUUAAGCAAGGCCCUACGAUAGAAAGAAAUGGGGACUUCAGGGCCUUCUGGACAUUGUGAAUUUUCAUUGUUAUAACCAACUACUUCAAACUGGAGGCCACUAGUCACAAGAGGGAGCUCCGGGAGAAAGUAUGACUGAAUUUCUAAAUGGAAAACCAUCCUUAGAAAUACAAUUUGAAGAGCAUGUCCUGGAAAUGGAGUCCGUGUGGACUGAAACAGUUAAUACAGCAUUGCUACUGAUGUGUAGUUUCCACGCUGGGGCAGUCUACAUCCCAUAAAUUUUUAAGCCUUGAGACUACAUUUUUUAAAAGAUAUGUGGCAGUUUCAUAUUUAUGACUCAAAAGACUAAUUGGUUUGAACUAACCAGAUGGUAUAAAAGCCCAAUUUAACAAUCUGUCAAGUGAAAUUAAAGAUCCAUUCCUUUCAGAGGACUUGGUAAAAAGUGCUAAUCAAUUAGCUUUCCAGUCAAAGUAUAUUGAAGUGAAAUAGUCACACAUAGCAAUCUGACAAAGUAUGUCAUCAGUAAAGUGGUUUUGCAGAAAGAAACUGUAUUGCUUGUCAAUGACCCAUACCUUGAUACUUUGUAUUGAGGCACAUCUCCUGGGAAUCUGUCCCUGUAGAUUAUGCACUUCUUCCCAUUACUGAAAUUUCAGAAAUAAAAAGUACUGAAAUAUUCUGCUUUA